CGGCGAUCAGAGUCUGUACUCAGUACGCGCUGAGGCUUCGCUCGAGUCGGUGCUGCGUAUACUUUGUACGCUGUCAGUCGCGGUUCGCACGCUCGAAGGUGUCAGUGAUUACGAUAUCGUUCCGCCAAUCGCGGCCGACUGCUCCACGUAAACGAUAAACUAUCAGUCCGCCGCCGAUUUGUGCCGAAUGAGAACUGUUCAAGGCGAUCUAGCGUCCCGAUAUCGAAAGUGAUUUUACGGGAUAACGUUUCUAAAAUUACAUUAUCCUUGUGUGAGUUUUGUGCUCGUGAUCCAAGAUGAGGCCGAAGGAGGAGGUGGAUACAAAACUCCAGACGGGGGCAUUCAUUUUGUCCGAGAAGAUUGAUGACACCAAAUCGAAGAAAAGUGAAAAGGAAAUGAAGAAGGAGAUGAAGAAAUUGGAGAAAGAGAAACAAGAGCGCGAGAAGAGAGAAAAAAAGGCGAGGGAAAAGGAAAAAGAGCGUGAGAAGCAAUCUAAGAAAGGGAAAGUUAUGUGUGGCGCCUGUGGUGGCAAGUGCAGUGGCGAGGUGCUGCGCGUUUCCGACAAGUACUUCCACAUGGCCUGCUUCACGUGCCGUACAUGUUCUGCUUCGCUGGCUCGAGGUGGUUUCUUCUGCAAGGAUGGAUACUACUACUGCCCACAGGAUUACCAGCGUGCAUUUGGUACACGUUGUGCGGCCUGCAACCAGUAUGUUGAGGGUGAGGUGGUCUCCGCACUCGGCAACACUUACCACCAGAAGUGCUUUACAUGCGCAAGAUGCAAACGCGCAUUCCCAUCAGGCGAGAAGGUCACAUAUACGGGCACUGAAGUCAUCUGUGCUGCCUGCACAGCUGCGCCACAGAAGCAUACAGCGCGGGCAGCGAGAUCGCCUACGGCUUCACCCACAUCCCCUGCACCAGUCACGCCCGCAUCUCCAGUGUCGCCUGUCUCAGAUCGCGACCAGAUCGAUCAGAGACAGCCGGAUCCAAAUGAAUGUGCUGGUUGCGGUCAAGAGCUGUCCGAGGGUCAAGCUCUCGUAGCCCUAGAUAGACAAUGGCAUACGUGGUGUUUUGCCUGCGGCGAGUGUGGAACUGUUCUUCAAGGGGAAUACAUGGGAAGAAAUGGAGUGCCGUACUGUGAGCGGGACUAUCAGAGGCUGUAUGGAGUUAGGUGUGCCUACUGCCAGAGAUUCAUUUCUGGAAAGGUUUUACAGGCGGGUGAGAAUCACCAUUUCCAUCCUACGUGCGCGCGUUGCAGCAAAUGUGGUGAUCCGUUUGGCGAUGGCGAAGAGAUGUUCCUUCAGGGUGCGGCUAUAUGGCACCCGCGUUGUGGUCCCGCGCCCCAUGCUCCUCUUACUCCACUCGACCCCUUGGCUUUAGAUCGCGCCUCUUCAGAAUUACAGUUCUCGAUGCGGUCACGCACGCCGAGUGUCAACGGAUCAUACUGCAGCCCCUACAGUAGUCUCAAUAGGAAGUAUGGAAGCGGGUACCGUACAGUCUCCCCAGGGCUGGCCCUUCGGGAAUACCGUUCAUGUCGAUGCUCUUCUGAAACCUCUCCGCACCGGAUCACCGCGUUCUCCUAUCUUACCGGCGAACCUGCGAGGCUGCGACGGCCCGUUACAGUUGCGGAUAGGCCGCCAGCCUCUCCUCACUUUCAUAGGCCACCAUCUAGCGCCAGUAACCGAACCAGCUCUCGUCCGAAUAGUAAGGCAUCCUCUCGUCCCGGUAUGAGGGUGCUUGUGGACUCUAUGAGGGCUGAGACACCAAGGCCGAAAUCACCGCAUAUGAAUAACGAGGAACCAAUAGAAUUGUCCCACUACCCGUCAGCGUAUAAGCCUCCGCCGGGAACCAAGCCCAAGAUAGAACGGGACGACUUUCCGGCGCCGCCUUAUCCUUACACCGAUCCUGAACGCCGCCGUCGCUGGUCGGACACAUACAAAGGCGUGCCUGAAAGUGACGACGAAGCAGAUGCCGCGAAAGUAAACGGAACCGGCCACGAUAUCAAACUACGUAAGGAAGAACAGGAAUUGUCUAAGAUUGACUCUGGUAUAGCACAGGUGUUCCUAAAAGAAGUAAAGGAGCGUGAAAAGCUUCAACAGUGGAAGAAGGCUAACUUAGAUCCUAGAAAUGCUAGCAGGACUCCAUCAGCAGCCCGCGAGGCAAUGUCCCGUCUCCGCUAUUCGUCGCCAGUGGGCGCUUCGCCCUCUCGCACUUUGGACAGAGCGAAGCACCAUGACUGCGAGCUUGAUCAUCACCACGUUCCAUCUUAUAACGUACAAACAUAUCACACUAACGAUGUUGUAUCGUCUCUGCGUUCGGCACCGCGGCCCGGGUACGGUCUCUCCGCCAGGUCGCACACCUUCUCUUCUAGUACCGCUGGUGACUUCACAUUCAGCGGCUUAGGCGAUAAGACUCACAGCACUGAUUUCAGCAGCGGCAAAUCAGACAUUUCUGCCGGCUCCAUCACCGAUGUGGAUAGAAGUGCUGUGACAACAGAGGGCGGUAUACUAGUACGUGGAGUAACUGGUGCGGGCAGCGUUGUGGGCGCGGCCGGUGUAAGAGGAGGGUCCGUGAGACGCUCUCUGCCCAACAUGGCGACCUCGCAUCUCGUGCAUGAACCGGCAAAACUCUACCCGUACCACCUAUUGCUAAUCACCAACUACCGUCUGCCGCCUGACGUCGAUCGACUUAACUUAGAGCGACAUCUAUCGGACGCAGAGUUUGAAGCGAUCCUACAGUUCUCUCGCGCCGAAUUCUAUCGUCUCCCGCAAUGGCGUCGAAAUGAGCUGAAGCGACGCGCACGUCUCUUCUAAUUACUGUCGUUCUUUGACAUAUGUCAAUGUCAUAUACAGCUUGUCAAAUAUGUAAUUUCAGUAAUGCGAUGUAAACGUCAAUUUUACAGCCAAAUAGAAACUAAACAGUUUCCAAUGAUGAUACAAACAAUUAAAUGAUCAAUUGACUUUAGUCACAUUACUGAUGCACUUUGGCAUAGCUUAAUUUUUUUAACAGAAAAACCUUUUUACAAUUGCAGCAUAAAAGUUAGCCGCAUCUAUUUUAAAGCUAUUUAUUUUCUCUUCGUCUCGUCACAAAUGUUUGUGAUGAUAUUUUAUUUUGUUUGCAUAAUUUUAUCCUUAGGUUUUAUAAGCUGACUUAGCGAGGUUCUAUUUAUAAUAGUUUUACGAUAGUAAUAUAUUGAUAUUAAUAUUCACAUAAUAACGCGUGAUGUUUGAGUGAUCUUCGAUAUUUAUCUCGGUUCAUGGAACUAAAAAAUCGACAGAUUUAACUUUGCCACUUCAAUAUAUAACUACACAGAAUGUAUCCAUUUGAAACAAAGCAAAUAAAGAUUCAGUAACAGAACUUCUUAGUAUUGCCAUAUUGUUGCAUGAUUUGGUGAUCAGGUGAACGAUUUUAGUAAAAUUAUUUUUAUUUGAAAAUAAUGUUUUGUCUCUUUCUUUUUUCUGACAAGUAAAUUUUACAAUCUCUACCUCAGAAAUGGACAUAAUAAGGUUGCUAGAUAAUAAAAUUUAUCGUGUGUAGAAUUGUCGUAAUAAUAGCAAUUUUAAAACGCUUUGGACUUGCAAAAUAUAUCUUUUUUUUUUAAAUUCUACCAAAAACGUAUGGAAGUGGCUGGCUUAAGUCUACGUCUGAUGUCAGGUUACGUAGUAACAUAUUUUAUAAUACAUGAUGCCUUGUAUGAAUGUAUAGUACAGUGCGAGCGUUUACUUUAGUGAGAACCAAAUAUAUAGAUAAUAUAUUAUUAUAUAUGUAAGAAAUAAUUUGGUAUAGGUUCAGUGGGAUUGUAUUCAAGUGUGUAGUUUCGUGACAUGUCAAUUGUCAGGUUAUGUAAAUAGGCGGCUUUCGCCACACUAGUUCAGCUGCUAUUACCUUUUAGCGUUUAAUCUGAGUGUGUUGGGCCGGUUUGAUGGCGUAAUAAAAAAAAACACAUCUGUUGCAUAUUAUAAUUGGCAAACAACUCUAAUUAACAUCGGAUCUUAAUGCCUAACUUUAUUUAAUGAUUAAUUAAAAAAUACUCAUCAAACGCGGCCCUAACCCUUAACGCACAACUCGAUACAGCGCGGUGACGCAUUUUAUGAAUGUGUGCGUUAAGGGUAGUGUAUUCGUUCCUAUGCUUUCGUGUGUGCGUGGUUCCGUGUAAUUACUUCAUUGUUUUUAAUUUUAUUUUAGCCAGAUUCGGUUGCAAUAUAAAUAAAUAUCUGGUAAGAAAACUUAGUAUUUUUCAUAUGGCUUGUGCGUUAUAUUGUAAUUUAAGAUAUUCAUAAGUAUAGAUAGAUUACAUACAAUUUGAAAUGCCUAAUUCGUUACCAUUUUAAUGCAUUAUCACAUUAUAGUGUCUCUCUGAAUAAAGAAAUAUUUAGAAAACGGAUAUCUGAUAGGUUUUAUCGAUUUAUAAUCAGAAUUAUAUAAUGGCUUGAGGGAAAAGUAGAAAAUCGUAUCGUAAUUAUAACCUUUUCUAAAUUAAUAUAUUAGGCUUGUGGCUGUUAGUUUUGGGGUUAUUUUAUUAAUGCACAUUAAGACGUGUGAAGUAUUUUGAAUUUCUGAACAUCAUGAAAAGGAAAAGAACAUUUUUGAAAUAACUCCGUAUUAAAUAUCAAAAUUUCGAUGAACAUCACAUCGUGUCAGCUAUUUGGUGUAUGUGGAUCAGUGAAUAUGUAAAGACUAUGCUUUUAAAGUAAUAAAAUAGCAUUUCCAAGCA